UUGAAUUUAAAUUUAUUUUCGAACACCAAAAAGAUGUCUUAUCCUGCCGAAUUUCCGAUUUCAAAUCAAUUAUUAGAAUACAGAAAAGAACACGAAAAUGAAGAUAAUGGAAAUACAACAACCGAUGGUGGAAACCUGGCUGUUAACGUAAAUACAAGUUUAACAAUCGGUAAAAGAGGUCCUGUUUUGCUUGAAGAUCUCGAUUUUUUUGAUAUCAUGCAACAUUUUAAUCGCGAAAGGAUUCCCGAACGAGUUGUUCACGCAAAAGGAGCUGGUGCUUUCGGCUUUUUUGAAGUGACUCAUGAUGUUUCUCAAUACACCGCGGCUAAGGUUUUUAACGGCAUCGGAAAACGUACUCAUAUAGCUGUUAGAUUCUCUCAAGUAACAUUCGAGAUGGGGUCUCAAGAUACAACCCGAGACGUACGCGGAUUUGCCAUCAAAUUUUACACCGAAGAUGGUACUUGGGAUCUCGUUGGAAAUAACACCCCAAUAUUUUUCAUUCAAGAUUCGAAACUAUUCCCUGAUUUAAUACAUAUUUUAAAAAGAAAUCCGGUUACUCACGUAAGAGAUUGGAAUAUGUUUUGGGAUUUUUUUUCGCUCCGACCCGAAUCGAUCCACCAAUUAUUAAUUUUUUAUUCCGAUCGGGGAAUCCCAAACGGGUAUCGACGCAUGAACGGUUAUGGUUCGAACACGUUCUCUUUAAUUAAUAAAGAGGGGGUUUUGGUUUAUUGCAAAUUCCAUUAUUUGACUAACCAAGGGAUAUCAAAUUUAGAAGCGAACUCCGCAACAUUAAUCGCCGGUCAAGAUCCCGAUUACGCAUUAAGAGAUCUUUAUAAUGCUAUAGCAACCGGAAAUUUUCCAAGUUGGAACUUUUACAUUCAAGUUAUGACCCAAGAACAAGUACAAACUUGUAAUUUUAACCCGUUUGAUGUUACUAAAGUUUGGCCUCACUCCAGUUAUCCUUUAAUCCCGGUCGGGCAACUUCAUCUUAAUAAAAACCCCUCAAAUUAUUUCGCCGAAAUUGAGCAAUUAUCGUUUAACCCCGGAAGUUUUGUUCCUGGAAUUAAUGGUUCUCCCGAUAAAGUUCUUCAAGGUCGCUUAAUGGCUUACAGCGAUACAAGUAGAUAUCGUUUAGGUGUUAAUUACCUACAAAUCCCUGUUAAUUCCCCAAAUCGUAUCAACAACUUCAAUAGAGAUGGGUUUAUGACAAUUCGAAGUCAAGGGGGGGCUCCAAAUUAUCACCCAAACAGCUUUGGAGGACCCGAAGAAAGCGUCAGAGCUAAAUUACUUUAUCCUUCGAUGGAAUUGAAAGGAAUUAGCGGUUUUUACGAUUUAGGAUUUGAUGAUAACUUCACCCAACCCAGAAUUUUUUAUCAAACUGUUUUAGAUGAUGGCGCAAAAACGAGACUUAUUCAGAAUAUUGUUAAUGAUUUGAAGAAUGCUUCUUCGUUUAUACAAGAAAGACAAAUUAAUGUCUUUAAAAACGUCGAUUCAGAGUUCGGUAGAAGAGUUUGUGUGGGGUUAAAAAAAUUUUGUGAUUUUACCGAAGUCGAUUUGUAACAAUUUGAUUUAUAACAAAUAAAUAUGAUAUAAAAAGCCUAAUAUUUCUAGGGAACCUUUAUUUAUUUUACACGUCCUUAAAAAGAUGUUAUCCUGGUUGGUUGUUGACGUCAAUUCGAGUAGAAACUUUAAGCUUUCCUUUACUUUUUUUUAUUUUUUAUAAAGAAAAUUUAAUUUAAGACACGAAUAGAACUCGAACCAACGAGUUUUGAGGAUCAAUAUGAGACUUUUUUUAGGUCACUUUUAUUUAUAACGUUAUUAUAGGACAUCCUGGAUAAA